AUGCAAGGAAAUAAUCCACAAACAUCGAAACGCGUAAGAUUUGUCCUGAAACAAGAAGUGAAAUCGAUCAAAACAUUCGCUCUCGUCAUCGGAGCAUUUCUUCUUUGCUACACCCCAUUCUUCCUUCUCGGCACAUACGCCUCGUCCAAAGGGACUGGAACGAUUCCUCAUGACGUCAUAUCAGCAGUCACGUGGCUCGCAUUCUGUAAUUCAUUUUGUAAUCCAGUCGUGUACAGUCUGAGGUAUAGGCAAUUCCGAGAAUCAUUCCGUAAGAUCUUAUGUUCGCCCCAGACCCUCAUGUCGUCACGACGGGCAGACAGUAGAGUGGCGCCUCUAGGCAGGACAAAUGAUGAUGUCUCACCUUCAGUCAAUGAAAUAGCGACCACAAAUGGAAACUCUGGGCAAACGUAG